CCAGCUGCGCUGCUUCUAUCGCUGUUUGGUUCUUUUUUUGCAAUUUUGACUGGUGUUAUUUUGCAUUAAACAUGUCGGACCGCGGUGCUUUCGAUACCAAUGUGAAAACUUUAACCAGGUUUCUGUUAGAGGAGGGAAGAAAAGCGAAAGGAACUGGAGAAUUGACGACUCUCCUAAAUGCAAUGUGUACAGCUAUUAAAGCGAUCUCCAGUGCAGUGAGGAAAGCUGGCCUCGCCAACCUGUAUGGCAUUGCAGGGAAUACAAAUGUGACAGGAGACCAAGUGAAAAAACUGGAUGUCCUGUCAAACGACCUGGUUAUCAACAUGAUUAAGUCUUCGUUUACAUCCUGUGUGCUGGUCAGUGAGGAGAACGAGAACGCCAUUAUAGUGGAACCAGACAAGAGGGGUAAAUAUGUGGUGUGCUUUGACCCUCUGGAUGGCUCUUCCAACAUUGACUGUCUGGCUUCUAUUGGGACCAUUUUCGCUAUCUAUAAAAAGGCUUCAAAUGAUGAGCCGUGUGAAAAGGAUGCUUUGCAGCCGGGCAGAAAUCUAGUGGCAGCUGGGUACGCCCUGUAUGGAAGUGCCACCAUGAUAGUGCUCUCCACCGGCCAGGGAGUUAACUGCUUCAUGCUGGAUCCCGCUAUUGGGGAGUUCAUAUUGGUGGACCGAGAUGUAAAAAUUAAAAAGAAAGGAAAGAUCUACAGUCUCAAUGAGGGCUACGCUAAGUACUUUGACCCUGCUGAUACAGAGUACCUACAGAGAAAAAAACACCCAGAGGAUGGUAGUGCACCCUAUGGUGCCCGUUAUGUAGGCUCCAUGGUAGCAGAUGUGCAUCGGACUCUUGUUUAUGGAGGUAUUUUUCUCUACCCUGGCAAUGUGAAGAGCCCAAAAGGAAAGCUGAGGCUGUUGUACGAGUGUAACCCCAUGGCCUUCAUCAUAGAACAGGCUGGUGGAUUGGCCACCACAGGGGCCAUAAACAUUCUAGACAUCCAGCCUGAGAAUAUUCAUCAGAGGGUACCACUGGUACUGGGAUCUCCAGAUGAUGUUCAAGAGUACAUCUCGGUCUACCAGAAACAUCACAAAUGAUCAAAACCUUAAGACACAUUCAAUCAGACCAAAUAUUAAAUCAUUACAAACCAAAGACCUUAUAGUAUUGUAUUAUUAGUUUUUAAAGGAACAUUUCUGGACUAAAUCAUUCCAUUUUGCGUAAAUUGAAACUUGUUUACAUAGAGUAAUUUUUGUAACAGACCUAUGCUACACUGUAGCAGCUGGUAUAAGGUGGUGGUGUAUAUUUUUAUGCAAUUCACACAAAGUGCCUUGUCUCUCUUCUCUUGUAUUGUGAAUGAAGAAAUAAAUUCACAUGUCAAAAACAA